AUGGCGGUGGAAGACCAAUGGCUGAUUGCCGAUGCUCAAAACGAGGUGCUCAGUACAGGAGGCUGGCGACGGGCAUCCGGGCCCUUGGUGCUUGGACUUCUGGGGGGCAACCUGCUGCUUUUGUGCAUGGUUCUUUGGCUGGCCAUUGCCCCAGGGGCUGGUUCACCGUCCGCGGAUGGUCCAACGGAUCGUGAUCUCAUGUUGCCCUUGCACUCCGAGUUCCGCCGGGAGCAACGGGAGCAACGGCACCUCUUCGAUGUGAACUUGUUCGAUGAGCCAGAUGAGCGGUAUGAAGACUACCCCACUGAAAACAGCAUCGUGAAGACCACUUGUGUGAUCGAUGCAGUGCAAGCGGCAACCUAUUUGGGGAAGGCUGUGGUGAACAUCUACCGCGCGGAGAUUUGUCCUGAUGAUGAGCCUUUGGGCUGUACGGCUCCCGUGGCUCAUGCCAUCACUUCCAUUCUGUGGCUCACUGCCUUUCUAACCAGCGCCAGCUCCACCUGUGCAGCUACCAUCUCCCAGGGCGGUUCAUGUGCUGCAGCCAUUCUGAGGGAUUUGGCCACGGCAGGGUCCACGAUCUACGGCUUUGAUGAAGAUUGCUAUUUGACCAAGCCCAGGGAGACCAGCUGGCGUGUGUAUCAGCGGUGGUACCAGCAUUUGCUCCCAGAACCCGAGGAGCGGCGCCUGCGGAGCACCAGAGGCGCGCAGAACCUCACGGCCUACCGCGCCAAGUCUGCCGAGAUUGCCGCGAAGCUCCGAAAUCUGACGGCGCCCUCAGCCGGUGGCCGGGCCAUGUUGUCCAACGUGCUGUUUGAUGCCGAGAGCAAGGGACUUCCUCGCGAUUUGGUGAGCAAACUGCAGAAGGUCAGAGCAGUGGAUGCCAAACAUAACUACAACACCGAACGCAACUUUGCCCUGGCCAACUGUGUCUUUGACAGCGUGGCCGCCACCACGUGGAUGAUGCGUGCCUUGCUCUCAAUCGAGGAGGCUUCGCGCAACUGUCCGGAGCCAAAGGCCUGUACCGUGGAUGUCUUGUAUGUCCUUGGUUCCUUUUCCUAUGCCGCGCAGACCUUAUCCUUGGCCUUUGUGGAUUGCCCUAAGCGUGGCAAGCGUGAGGCGCUCUGUGGCGCGGACAUCGCCGAUGUCGUUGGCUCCAUGGCCAUCUUCGUAGCCUCCACCUUGCAGGCUGCGGAGUUUUGUGACGCCACGUUCCGGGCCCCCACCGGCCCCAUCCGGGGCGGCCUCCGGUCUGCGGCCGGUGCCUAG